UUUCCAGUUUUGAGUUUUUUUAGGACACUGUAAACCAAAAUCAUAAAAAUGUCUAUAAAAUCUAUUUAUAUCGUGUGUCUUGUGUUAAUUAUGCAGUAGCAGAAUCAAUCGGGGACUGUAUAAUAGUGGAACUUGAUAGAGGUUAACCAAUUUUGAGGAGUAGGCGCCACUAAGCGAUGCUGGAUGAGGCGGAGGAUGAUCUUUAAGUUUGGUCUGACUGUCAUUGUUGUCAUCGCUGUUUGUAUGUUCUAUUUGAUUCAUCAACAGAAUGAUGAACCUAACCUAGAGCAGUCCCCAGAAAAUGACAGCAUUGUUGGAAAUCAGUCGAAAAAAACCGCAGAGAUCAGUGCUGAAGAAAAAUUAAGAAAGGCUGAACUAGAAAAGAAAGCCAAGAGAUGGAGAGAGAGUAUCCACCUUUCUAUUGUUGUUUGUGGUGACCGUGGUAAUGAGUCCAUCAUUCUCAUCAAGUCUGCCAUCCUCUUCACCAAAAGCUACAUCAUCAUCCACAUCUUCGCUGAAGAUGAUCUUCAUUCCUCACUGCAGCAACAGCUUGCAUCAUGGCCAAGUAUAGCUAAAAGCAAAUUUGAAUACCACUUGUAUGGUAUAACCUUCCCUGACUCAAAUAAUGAGUGGAAGAAACUUUUUAAACCUUGUGCCUCUCAACGACUCUUCAUUCCAUCACUCUUAACCAAUGUGGAUUCUGUACUGUAUGUUGAUACAGAUAUCUUAUUUCUGUCUCCUCUGGAGGAAAUAUGGUUUCAUUUUACCCGGUUCAACAGUACCCAGCUGGUUGCCUUGGCUCCAGAGAGUGAAGACAGACAGACUGGCUGGUACAAUAGAUUUGCUAGGCAUCCAUAUUAUGGAGAAUUAGGGGUCAAUUCUGGUGUGAUGUUGAUGAAUUUAACAAGACUUAGAAACUCAACUUGGCUUCCAUCCAUUGUGAAUUACUACAAAGAAUACAAACUGAAAAUAACCUGGGGAGAUCAGGAUCUCAUUAACAUCUACUUUCACUUUCAUCCAGAUGAGCUUUAUGUUUAUCCAUGUGAAUGGAAUUACAGACCUGAUCACUGUAUGUAUAUGAGUGUGUGUACUGGCGCAGAACGAAGUGGGGCAUAUGUACUUCACGGUAAUCGACGAGCAAUGCAGAAUGAUAAACAACCUGCAUUUAAAGCUGCUUAUUUAGCCUUUAAAGAAUAUGAUUUCCAUCAGAAGAUGAAGACAUUCCUCCUUCCCCCUCUUCAAGAGAAACUAGAGGCGACAUCCAAGACGCCAUGUGGACGUGUCAGACAUAUAUUUUCAACCCGAGUUGCUCAAUUUGUUAAUCAUGCUGAAAAAUGACUCACUUGAUUCUGAAGAAAUGGUUGCAAGGCUGGCUGUUAUCACAGAUUUUUUAAAUUUUGAAAAAAAAGAUUCAAUGAUAUGAGGUUUCCCUUCCAGUGGUAUGGGCAUAAAUAAAAAAUAAGUUGGGGGUAGUAGCAUGAAAAUCAACUAGGUUUGUUUUCAUUGUAUUUUUCUUGUGGCUCAAUAAUGUAGCCCUAUCUAGUUAUUAAUGAGUUCUUUUUGGAGGGGGGUUCUUUUUGUAUUUUUUAUCUGUUUUGGUCAGGAAACCCUCUCUUUAAAAAAUCAUCUGUUAAAAAUAUAAAGAAGGCUACAUUAUUACAGCUAUUUCUUGGGUUGGUGGGGGGGGGGUGUCAAUUUACUAUGAGGGAACAUUUUUUAUUUAGACUACAAGCUUGCCUUUAUUUAUGAGAUACAUCAUCAGAAGAUAUGACAUGGAAAAUUGUAUUGUCUCUUGCAGAUUACAUGUGAUUGGCUGAUAGUGAUUCAGCCUUAUAUUUGAAUGUGAUAUUCUUUUAUAGACAGAUUGCUUGAAUUGUUUUGAAUUGUCUCUGAAACAUAGCUAUGUAUUCGUUUCAUUUACUGUAUAUCAUUAACAUUUUGCAUGAUUAUUUUUGGGACAGAUUGAUACUGUAUUUUUAUAUAUAUAUUUUUUUUUUUUUUUGCAAGAUAUGAAAAUCAUUACAUUCAGUUGACUCCAUUGCUUGCCUGAAAGUAAAAAUAGCUUUGAAAAUGACUUUAUAAAGAUAUUUUGUUAAUGAAAUUAAACAGAGUUAUAAACAAAAGUGAUUUGUGUUCCCCUACAAAUACCAGAUAAAGUAUGAACAAAAAGUC